CACGAAGAUUGGCUUAAAUUUUGAAUACGACAUCGUAUGAUCUCAUUUCGAGUUGCAAUGGGUUGCAAUGGGAGGAGUUGAGAGCUGAACUCUCCUGGGAACGACCGGCGACCCAGUUUCUUCUUCCACGCUCAAGCAAUCGAUGGAUCCCUUUGGUCCCAAAAUUUUGCUUAUUUACUGAUUCGAAGUAUCUUAUCCUUCGUAUUUCGUUUGGAAAGGUUUGUGCUCGAGAAAACGUAACCUAAAUUGCGAACUGUACUGUUCAAGGGCGUUUUGUUCUGCGUCCAAUUGUGCAAGUCGCAGGUUACCUGGGUUUGUGUACUGAAUCUCUUUUAGGGAUAUUUGAUUUCUGAGUUGGAGUCGGUAUUAGAGUUGGACAGGUCCAGUAGAGAACCUGGUUUGGAGCUGGGGAAUCUGCUGUAGCCUGAUAAACCCAGGUCUGGGCGAUGCUGUGGGUACCUGCAAUGGGUCGCACGAAGCAAGGGGGUGGGGAUGCCUCCAAAACACGAUCUACCAGGUCAAAAUUUGCUGCUUUAGAGGAUAGGGAUGAAGAAUUUCCUGUUUUGAAUUCUGGAAAUGUGCUGCCACUAAUGAAGAAUAGGGAACCUGUUAGAAUUGCUAAACAACUGAACAAAGGGAUUUCUGGAAUUGCUGCUAACAGUGUUGAACCAACACAGAAUGUGCAACCUGCUGCUUCUGCAGGUCUUGGGCUGGAUACUGCUGCAAAAACUCCUCCAGCAACUAAGCAGCUUCUCCCACGGCCAGACUCUGGUAAGAAGGCUUCUGGGAGUGUUGUAGCCAUUGACUUACCUCUUUCUGGGACAUUGGUUCCGGUGCCACAGGCAGACACUGAAGCCAAAACAUGGAAGGCCUUGUUUAAGGAUAACCGGGACCCUAAACAUGGCUUUAAACUAAGAUAUAUCCCCCCAAAAGGUGAGACAUUGGACUUUGGUGACCGGGUAUUACCCACUAUGGUUGAUAUGUGGGGUUACUGUCUAGUUGGACACUUUACGGGAAGCUUUCCUGGGCUCAAAGCGGUCCAUGAUCUUAAAGCUACAUGGGGAGUUAAAUGCCUUGUGAGAUCUCACAAGAAAGGUUGGUUAAUAUUUAAAUUUCAAAGUGAUGAGGAUAGAUCGAAAGUACUACGUGAGGGACCUUACACUGUAUUUGGGAAACUCCUAAUGCUCAAGGAACUUUCGGAAAAUUUUUCAUUUGAGGAUGAGGAAUUUCUAAAAGUACCAAUUUGGGUUAAGUUCCAUGAUUUACCAAUGCAAUUAUGGAAUGAUGAGGCAAUGAGUGAGGUGGCAUCCAUGGUUGGGGUCCCGAUAACUACGGAUAAGAUCACCAAAGAGAGGAUUAACAAUGACUAUGCUAGAGUGCUGAUUGAAGUUGAUGCCUCAAAGCCACCGCCAUUAUCUUUUCCUAUACGACUACCUUCCCAUAAGGUAUUCAAACAAAGCGUGGUCUAUGAAACCUUUCCUAGUUAUUGUUUUCAUUGCAAAGAUUUUGGGCAUCACCCAUUUAGUUGUAAUAAAUUAGCUAAUCGGGAUGAUGAGGGGAAUAAUGGAAAGGGAAAACAGGUUGUUCAUUGCAUUGAAAACACUGAAAAAAUUGGGAAGCCUACAGUGAGCUCUGUUCUGCCAGCACUGCCUGCCCAGCUGCUUAACCCGACCGGGUGCCCUAUUGGCCCGACCGGGUCCCAGAUGAUGAAUGCCCAGCAGAAGCCUGCCAAUUUGAUCGGGUCUCAGUUAAACCCGACCGGGUCUAAACCUAACCCGACUGGGCUGCUGCGGCAGACUGCUUCUGGUGCUACUACAGGGGAUGCGCCACACGUUCAAGGGUCUUCCGACUCUAAUGAGGAUUCCGAGGCCAGUUUGGAAGAAACGGAGAGGUUAGUUAUGAAUGAGAAGGAGAUGAAUCAAUACGAUGUUGUCGUCAAAUGUGAGGUAAUAAAUGGUAAGACACUCAAGUUGUUUGUCAAACCAUUUAGAUUUGUGCAAGCUAGCGUGAUUAGAGUGGAUACUUCUCUACGACUUACGGAUGAUUUGGAUCGAAAAGGUCUAACUUUCACCGCCAAAUGUUUUGAGGGUCUACCGGGAGUUACUAAAAAGAAAGGGGAGGUUUGCUUUGACUCAAAGUUCACUACUCCUUUCCGAUCUUUCUUUGGAUGUUAAAUUAGGGAUACCUAAUUUUUGUUGACGUAGUGUUGUUUGACUGUUUUGGGUGAAUUUAUGAAAUUGUGAGUCUUGAUUUUGUGAUAUCCCGUGUAUUGGGAUAUGCACUUUGAUUGUACACAUGAUUUAUUUGUGAGGUGGGGUCUGUCCCAUUAUUUUGGUGCAUUAUAUCUAGGUUAGUUUAUUCUAGCUUAGAUAGUCUUCUUGAUUUGGAUUUGAUGCAUUGUAAAAUGCUAUUUUUUUCGAUCUCUAAUAUACUUACAUGUUAUCGUC